AAGCCCGACGCCUUCGUCGCGCUGGACUGCGAGAUGGUCGGCGUCGGGUCCAGCGGCCGCGAGUCCGUGCUCGCGCGCUGCUCCGUCGUCGGCGGCGACGGCGCCGUAUUGUACGACCGCCACGUCAAGGUCGGCGAGCGCGUGACGGACUUCCGCACGAAGUACAGCGGCGUCCGCGCGCGGGACCUCAAGGCGCGGGACGCCGUGCCCUUUGCCGAGUGCCAGCGGGCCGUCGCGUCGCUGCUCGAGGGGAAGGUGCUCGUGGGCCACGCGCUCCACAACGACCUGAAGGUGCUGCUGCUGCCGCACCCGCGGACGGCGACGCGCGACACGGCGAGCUGGCCGCCGCUCAUGCGCGCCAACGGCCGGGGCAAGCGCAAGCCCCGCAAGCUCCGGGACCUCGUGAGCGAGCACCUCGGGCGCGCGAUCCAGGAGGGCGAGCACGGCUCCGUGGAGGACGCGACGGCCGCGCUCGACCUCUACCGCAAGUUCGCGACGGAGUGGGAGGCGGACCUCGUCGCGAGC